CGGGAGGAAGUCGCGGGAGAGAGACCCUGGCGGGCUCCCCAGCCUCGCACCCGCCAGCGGACCGGCCCCUCCGCCCCCGGCCCUUCCACCAUGCACUUGCUGGGCUUCUGGGCUCUGGCGUGCUCCCUGCUCCUCGCUGCGCGGCUCCCCGGUCCCCGCGAGGCGCCCGCCGCCGCCGCCGCCGCCGCUUUCGAGCCGGCACCCGGCUUCUCGGACGCAGAGCCCGACGGGGGCGAGGUCAAGGCUUAUGCAGGCAAAGUGCUGGAGGAGCAGCUGCGGUCCGUAUCCAGUGUGGAUGAACUCAUGUCUGUCCUCUACCCAGAAUAUUGGAAAAUGUACAAGUGUCAGCUAAGAAAGGGUGGCUGGCAACCACCCAACCUCAACACAAGAACAGAAGAAACUGUAAAAUUUGCUGCUGCGCAUUAUAAUGCAGAAAUCUUGAAAAGUAUUGAUAGUGAGUGGAGGAAGACUCAAUGCAUGCCACGUGAGGUGUGUAUAGAUGUGGGGAAGGAGUUUGGAGCAGACACAAACACCUUCUUUAAACCUCCAUGUGUGUCCGUCUACAGAUGUGGGGGCUGCUGCAACAGUGAGGGGCUGCAGUGCAUGAACACCAGCACAGGCUACCUCAGCAAGACGUUGUUUGAAAUUACAGUGCCUCUCUCACAAGGCCCCAAACCAGUGACAAUCAGUUUUGCCAAUCAUACUUCGUGCCGAUGCAUGUCCAAACUGGAUGUUUACAGACAAGUUCAUUCAAUUAUUAGACGUUCCCUGCCAGCAGCAUUACCACAGUGUCAGACAACCAACAAGACUUGCCCCACAAAUUACUUGUGGAAUAAUGUCAUGUGCAGAUGUCUGGAUCAGCAAGACUUUAUCUUUUUCUCAAAUUCUGGAGAUGUUUCAACCAAUGGAUUCCACGAUGUCUGUGGACCCGACAAGGAGCUGGAUGAAGACACCUGUCAGUGUGUCUGCAAAGGGGGAAUUCAUCCGUCCAGCUGUGGACCCUUCAAAGAACUAGACAAAAACUCAUGCCAAUGUGUCUGUAAAAACAAACUCUUGCCCAACUCAUGUGGUGCCAAUAGAGAAUUUGAUGAGAAUACAUGUCAGUGUGUAUGUAAAAAAUCCUGCCCAAGAAAUCAACCACUAAAUCCUGGAAAAUGUGCCUGUGAAUGUACAGAAAACCCACAGAAGUGCUUCCUAAAAGGAAAGAAGUUCCACCAUCAAACAUGCAGUUGUUACAGAAGACCAUGUACAAAUCGAAUGAAGCAUUGUGAGCCGGGACUUUCAUUUAGUGAAGAAGUAUGUCGCUGUGUCCCUUCAUUUUGGAAAAGACCCCAUGUGAACUAAAACCGUACAAUUUUCAGUUCAUCAUUUUUCUGUCUUGAAUAACUGAUGCCACAUUGGAACUGUACAGAGAGACUCUGGGGCUAUGGUGAACAGACCUAAGUCGGUGUUCCUGAAACAUGCGGAUAACUUUAUAAAAAUGAACUGGAGAUCAUGUGCAAAAGGCCUCUUGAAAGACUGGUUUACUAUCAAGACCAAACAACUGAGGUUUUUCUCUUGUGAUUUUAAAAAAAUGAAAAGAAAAAAAUAACUAUAUAAUUUAUUUUCACUAAAAUAUUGUUUCUGCAUUAAUUUUAUAGCAAUAACAAUUGUUAAAGCUCACUGUGAUCAAUAUUUUUAUAACAUGCAAAAUAUGUUCAAAAUAAAAUGAGAACUGUA